CUCUCUCUUUAGCUCUGCUUCCGCUGCCAUGGCGUUCCCAAAGCCUUACAUACUGCUUGUAGCACUUUAGAUGUGAAAUGGUUCCCUGAAAGGAAUCUAAUGUCCGAAAUAAGCCCCAUCUCGGUAUCACUUCCCUUAAAACUCCCAAUGCACUGCUUUAUUGACAACGUUUAGAUCCGAAACUAAGAUCCAUUUAACAGUGUGAGGGCCUUCUUGUUCUAUUCGAUUAUAUUAAUGGACAUUCUUUAGGGGUUGAUCCAUUUAACAGUGUGAGGGCCUUCUUGUUCUAUUAUCAUUAAUGGACAUUCUUUAGGGGUUGAUCCAUUUAACAGUGUGAGGGCCUUCUUGUUCUAUUAUCAUUAAUGGACAUUCUUUAGGGGUUGAUCCAUUUAACAGUGUGAGGGCCUUCUUGUUCUAUUAUCAUUAAUGGACAUUCUUUAGGGGUUGAUCCAUUUAACAGUGUGAGGGCCUUCUUGUUCUAUUCGAUUCAUUAAUGGACAUUCUUUAGGGGUUGAUCCAUUUAACAGUGUGAGGGCCUUCUUGUUCUAUUAUCAUUAAUGGACAUUCUUUAGGGGUUGAUCCAUUUAACAGUGUGAGGGCCUUCUUGUUCUAUUAUCAUUAAUGGACAUUCUUUAGGGGUUGAUCCAUUUAACAGUGUGAGGGCCUUCUUGUUCUAUUAUCAUUAAUGGACAUUCUUUAGGGGUUGAUCCAUUUAACAGUGUGAGGGCCUUCUUGUUCUAUUCGAUUAUCAUUAAUGGACAUUCUUUAGGGGUUGAUCCAUUUAACAGUGUGAGGGCCUUCUUGUUCUAUUCGAUUAUCAUUAAUGGACAUUCUUUAGGGGUUGAUACAUUUUGUGUUAGUGCAAAUCAAGUUGGACAUUUUAAUGUGGAAAUGAAACAUUUUAGAAGUAUUUUAAACCAUGAAUACACUAUAAGUUUGAAUUUCAAAUUCAUGCAGGAAGAGAUAGAGCAUCUGUAAGUCAUCAUCUUCCAACAUUGUGGCCUUCCAUUACAGAGCUUUGCUUUGGUGUGGUUGAGGCCGAAACAUUCAUAUCUGUUGUGUUCCUCCUCUGUAUUCACACUUCCUUAUUUAUAUUAGGGAUUGUGUUUAUGCUUGUCGAUGGAAAGUCUACAAAACUAUGAGCAGACCAGUAUUUAUUUUGAAUAAAUGGAAUUGGAUUCUGAGGGUUGAAUCCUGCACACAAUGUGAUUAUUUUCCUUAUUUUUUUUCGAUCAGGAAUUAUAUAAAAUUGUUGGUGUAUGAAAGUAAUCCCUGAUCUAAUGCAUAUGCUUAAACUUAGUAGGGUAACAGCAUUUUGGUAACAGCCUGCAGGAGACCUAGGUUAGAAACUAGUCUGUCCCGUUGGUGCCGUGACCUGGAUAGGUAUGUGUGAGGAAGUGAAAUGGGUGGUUCUGUAAACCAUGGUUAUGUGUUUAUAAACAUUUUGUUACCUAAAGAGGUUAAAGUGGCAGGCCAGUAAAUGGAGGGUUGCCAUUUUGAAUCCAAGGACUGACAGGAAAAAUCUGGUGGGUGUGAGCUAGAAAGUUGCUGGUGUAAUCAACUUAGUUCAAAUCACAUCGCAUUUUAUUUCUCACAUGCGCCGAAUACAGCGCGUCUCGACUUUACCGCUAAAUGCUUGCUGACGAGCAGAAGCAGAGUAAACAAUUAAUACAAAUAAAUAGUAACACAAAAAUAAAAAAUACACAAGAAUGAAGCUACAGUAUAUACAGGGAGUAAUGGACCGGAGACACUUUUUACCCUGCUGAACUAUGUAGCCUAGAAGUUAGACGGGUGGCCCAAAUACCAGAGGGUUGCUGGUUUGAAUCCUGGGUCUAAUUGGACAAAUCUGGUGGAUGUGAACUGGCAAAUGGAGGGUUGCUGGUAUCUAAUUCUAGAUUCCAUAUCCUGCUGUUGUGCCCUUGAGCAACGCACAACUGCAAAACAAUUCCAAGAUGUAAUCUUCGUCUUUAUCUCAGGGAGCAAUGCAAUCUUCAGGUCCCACACAAAAUUACACAACAUACAAGUGCGGUUCACCAAAUGACCAAACCAGCCUCUGUUACACUUUUAGCCCCAUCUGGGCAGAGACUGGAUUGUAACCCAGGUCUCUCUAACCCAGUCUACCACAAGGUCUCAAGCAAGGUUACUCAUCAUGCAGCCCAACAACUAUACUGUGGGGUGCUGGACCCAGUCAGGUCUUUAUAUAACAAGUCAUACUGUGGGAUGUUGGACCCAGACAGGUCUUUAUAUAACAAGUCAUACUGUGGGGUGUUGGACCCAGUCAGGUCUUUAUAUAACAAGUCAUACUGUGGGGUGUUGGACCCAGUCAGGUCUUUAUAUAACAAGUCAUACUGUGGGGUGCUGGACCCAGUCAGGUCUUUAUAUAACAAGUCAUACUGUGGGAUGUUGGACCCAGUCAGGUCUUUAUAUAACAAGUCAUACUGUGGGGUGAUGGACCCAGUCAGGUCUUUAUAUAACAAGUCAUACUGUGGGGUGUUGGACCCAGUCAGGUCUUUAUAUAACAAGUCAUACUGUGGGGUGAUGGACCCAGUCAGGUCUUUAUAUAACAAGUCAUACUGUGGGAUGUUGGACCCAGUCAGGUCUUUAUAUAACAAGUCAUACUGUGGGGUGCUGGACCCAGUCAGGUCUUUAUAUAACAAGUCAUACUGUGGGGUGCUGGACCCAGUCAGGUCUUUAUAUAACAAGUCAUACUGUGGGAUGUUGGACCCAGUCAGGUCUUUAUAUAACAAGUCAUACUGUGGGGUGCUGGACCCAGUCAGGUCUUUAUAUAACAAGUCAUACUGUGGGGUGCUGGACCCAGUCAGGUCUUUAUAUAACAAGUCAUACUGUGGGAUGUUGGACCCAGUCAGGUCUUUAUAUAACAAGUCAUACUGUGGGAUGUUGGACCCAGUCAGGUCUUUAUAUAACAAGUCAUACUGUGGGGUGUUGGACCCAGUCAGGUCUUUAUAUAACAAGUCAUACUGUGGGGUGUUGGACCCAGUCAGGUCUUUAUAUAACAAGUCAUACUGUGGGGUGCUGGACCCACGGGUAAUAUUAAAUGAAGCUGCCAGUUGA